UCACUUCCGCCAGUCCCAGAGGGCGCCGGGCGUGCUGCGGGAAGGUCGUACAGGGGAGAGGCCGCUGUGUUCCGUGUCGGUAUCAUGCUGGCUGCUGGCGUCCGUAGAUUCACCACCUCCGUCCUCCGUAGGACCCACUACGAGGAUGGGCCUGGGAAGAACCUUCCAUUUUCUGUGGACAACAAAUGGCGGUUGCUGGCAAUGAUGUGUGCAUUCUUUGGAAGUGGAUUUGCUGCUCCUUUCUUUAUUGUCAGACAUCAGCUUCUUAAGAAAUGAAGGGGAAAAAUUAGUUGAAGUCUUACAGCAGCUUAAGUGGAAAAAAUAUCUGCGGUUGUGUACCAUGCUGGAUAUGUCUAAAUAAAAUUUAAAUCUGAAA